CAGCAGUGUGUUACAGUCAGUUAGUGUGUCUCUGGGUGAGCUUUUCCAGCCGGCACUUUUGGAUUUACUCUCCUGCCACGUGCCACACACACACACACACACUCACUCGCGCGCACACACACACGUACACACACACACUUACUAGCUCGUGCACACAUCUGCCACCCAGGAGUCUCUGGUCUUCAGCCGGGAAUUGCUUUCAUCUCUGGAUGUGCCACUGCAGUCGGAACACAGCAGUCUGCCGGUCUACGUGUUCAUGUGGGUGUGUGUGUGCAUGUGUGUGUGGACACUGCUGAAGUUCGGAGCCUGCCGGAGUGGUAUGAAACUUGGUGGAUUACGUGUGGAAUGCUGAGAGACUCCAGUCAAGGAAAAAAAAAGGCCAAUGUGGAAUAUUUGGGAAUGUUGAGCAGUGAUUGGAUUUUUUUCCGUAUUUUCCAGUGAUGGUUUUGGCUCAGGAAGCAGGAGAUUCACAUUUAGCUUGACUGAUCAUGUUUUUAAAGAAUUCUUCCCAUUUUUCAUGGAAUACAUGCAUUAAGGUGUGAAACUUGAACUCCACAACUCCAAAACUGACCCUCCACAAGACUGACCUACUGUUGAUGGACGCUGUGGCAGUGUGUGAGCGGCUGUAUUUAUAUUGUGUGUGUGUGUGAGAUUGUGUGUGUAUGAGGGGGGUUAAAAUGCAUCAACUUCAUUCAUAAAUUCAUAAAAAACUCUGGAUAACUCUGAAGUUAUAUUACUUUACCAUCAAUUUCAGUGUAAAUGAUUCCGAAUCGAUUUAAAAUAACUAAAACUGAUCAAAUAGAAUAUUUGUAAACUUAAAGAUUCUGUCUAAAAUAUGUAAAAUGAUGCAUUGAAUCAUUUAUUAAGAAUCCUAAUUCGAAAAUUGGAAAAUUUUCACCCCUAGUGUGUGUGAGUGUGUGUGAUGUGGGCAGCUGGUGGCUUGCCCAUGGCGAUUCCAGCAGCAUGUCCGCGAGUGUGUGUUUCUGAGUGGAGUUUUCGGGAUGCUGUAGGGGUGGACUGUAGCGCCCCUGAGCCGCGCUGCAUCUGGGUUGCCGUGUUACGGAGUGAUGCGCCCAACACACACACUCCACACACACCUGACGUCGGAGGGGGGCGACCUAGCAGAGCCCCUCAUAGAGUGCCACGCGAGAUUAGGGCAAAGGGGCGAAGAGAUGGGACCUCAUCAUCCAGUGAGAACCCUCGACCGGUGGUGGUGGGCGGGUCUGAUGGGAGGGGCAUGUCCUGGCAGGGCCCGCGGACACUGUUGCUCCAAAAGAACUCUCAGGGCUUCGGCUUCACCCUGCGCCACUUCAUCGUGUACCCGCCCGAAUCUGCCCUGCACACCAGCCUCAAGGAUGAGGAAAAUGGAAAUGAAAAGGGCCUCCAGCGGAGUCGACUGGAGCCGAUGGACACCAUAUUCGUGAAAAAUGUGAGGGAGAGAGGUCCCGCCCACCAGGCCGGUUUGUGCACAGGUGACCGGCUGGUAAAGGUGAAUGGAGAAAGUGUGUUGGGUAAGACGUACUCCCAGGUGAUAGCACUCAUUCAGAACAGUGAGAGUGUAUUGGAACUCUCCAUUAUGCCAAAGGAUGAGGACGUGCUGCAGCUGGCGUACUCUCAAGAUGCCUACCUGAGAGGGAACGAGCCGUAUAAAGGAGGAGCCCAGUGUCUCCCUCCACCGCCUCCUCUUUGCUACCCCCCACGUUCUAAAUCUCAGCCUCCCACAAGUCACACCUCCUGCCCCACCUCUUCUCGAGUCCAAAUGGGACAGAACCAACUUGACAACUGGAGCCGCUGGCCCGGCUCUACGUCCUCUGGCCCUUCCCCACCACUCGACAACCGGAUCACUGUCCCUGCCCAUGCUACUGUCUGGGCGGCAGAGGGGCGUGCCUGUGACCCGGGAGGUGUGGGACACAGUAGCCCUGCACAUCGCACUGAAGAGAUUCGGUACGGGAUGACUGAUAGGGGGCAGCAGGCGAUGGGACAAAUGAGAGGACGUACCUACUCGUCUUCUUCUUCCUCAGGGGGGGCCUUAGCAAGCCCGCUGCACCAUGGUCCCUAUGGCAACUAUGGUGUUGGUACUGCACAAGGAUGGGCUAGCCCACCGCAGCCCACGCAUACACCCCCAUCUAGCCACAAUGAACGCACCCAACAAGCCCUUAGCAACUGGUACUAUAGUCAGGUUAACGAGCGGGAGCGGGAAAGACCCAGCGUCCGCUCGUUGCAUCCUCGGCACCGCAGCUUCUCGCAGGACCGUCUUGGGGAAUUUAACCGGACAAGACGGACCCAGAGGUCUGAUUUUCCCCACAGUGUCUCUCAGGACACCCUGCUUUACUUGCAGCAGCCAGGUCCUGGGGCCCGUGGUCACUGGCAGGGCGAGAACAUCCCUAUUUCGGCUUUUAACUGCACAAGAUCUGAAAACCUGCUCCAAACAAGGUACGGACAUUCAGGGCGCUCGCUGGAGGCUCUGGACCGAGCACCCAGCGUGCUUUCCCCAUGCCAAGAGAGGCCAUCCUGGGGUGGCCACCAACCGCAGUCUAGGGCUGAAGCCUAUCAGAGGCAGAGCACUCAAUACAGCCUUGCACAGACACCCCCAGGUGCCCGACACACACAGGCACCCCAACACGAACAGAAACGGACUAAACCCCUAGUUUCCCAGCACCCAUCGCAGCAUCAAAACCUCCCAUACUCACCCCAGCACUCAACACAGGCCCCUCAGCCGCAGCAGGCCAUGCCCCAGACCCGCCGCCUGCCGUCCUGCCAGAGCCUGGACGAGCAGCCAAUGUCCAUGGGCUACCGCAGCUACAGCCCUUCCUUUAACCGCAAGACAGGACGCAUCCUGCAGCAUGCCCACUCCUUCCGGGACCCAUCCUACAUGGGCCCGGCCCUCAGCUGGACACCCACGCCCAAGACCAGUCCACCAGAGGGUGUAGCCCCUCCCUCUGCCCCAUCCCCUGCACCACCUACCAGCUCUGCCACACCCACGGCCCCUGAAGGGCAGGACAGAACUCACCGGCCGACCAACCACGAAAGAGAGGGUGGAGAAAUAAAGGAGGUUCAAGCCCAGGUACAGGAGGUGGUGCUGCGGCAGAAGCCACCAAUGGGGAGAAGGGGCGGCAACACAAACCGGCACCCACAUUACGGAAUGGCUAUAGAAGACGACGACCCUCUUCUCUUCACAUCUGACCCAACGGAAGCACCGCCCAAAGCCGAAAGUACCAUCUCCCAGCGGCGUUCCAAUGGUAAUCUAGCACCACUAUCUGUGGAGGAUGACUCGCUGGCCUCUAUCCCCUUCAUUGAUGAGCCGACCAGUCCGGGUGUGGAUUUGCGGGCGUGUCACGUCCCCGCCUCCUCCGUCGUGUCCAGUGGGCUUAAAUCGGCCCCUGCUGUGGCCGCCAGCCCGGCCUCCCCCACCUUCACCUUCCCCCUCAGCCGCCUCUUCUCCCACGACUGCAGCAGUAUUAAGUCUAGUCGUCGCUCCUCCUACCUGUUGGCCAUCACCACUGAACGCUCCAAGUCAUGUGACGAAGGGCUCAACACCUUCAGAGACGACAGCCGAAUCUUCACGAGAUUACCAAAGAGAGUAAAGAGCUUCUUUGGUGACGGGUCUCUGGAGAGCCUGAAAGCUGCUGAAGAUGCUCGCUCUAAACGACACUCCACCUCAGAGCUGGGCAGCUUCAACUACAGUGACGUCAGGAGAGAGGGCUGGCUGUACUACAAACAGAUCCAUACUGAGAAGGGCAAGAAGGUGGGCAGUGCCAUGCGUCCCUGGAGGCGGGUUUUCUCGGUGCUGCGCUCUAAUUCACUCUACCUCUACAAAGACAAACGGGAGGCGCUGCUGAAGGGCUCUUCCCUGGGAGGCGGGUCAGAGGAUGAGCAGCCUAUCAGCAUCCGGGGCUGCCUGGUGGACAUUGCGUACAGCGAGACGAAGCGCAAGAACGCACUGCGGCUCACAACGCAGGACUUCUGCGAGUACCUGCUGCAGGCUGAGGACCGGGACGACAUGCUGGACUGGAUCAAAGUGAUUGGGGAGAGCAGCAAGACUGACAGCGAGGAAUUGGGUUUCUCCAGGCAAGCUCUCAUCAAUAAGAAGCUGAAUGACUACAGGAAACAGAGUCCAACAGGCAACAAGCCGGACUCCUCUCCACGAGUGCCACGCAUGAACUUCCUGCUCACCAAGCCUGACAACAGCAGCGCACCCCCACGCUCCCCCAAACACGAGGGCAAAGAGGAGAGUAGUCCUCCCAAGUCUCCAUGGGGCAUCAACUUCAUGAAGAAGGUGAAGAAGGCGGGGCCUAAAGCUUUUGGAGUCCGUCUGGAAGACUGCCAACCUGCUGCAAGUAACAAGUUCAUUCCUCUAAUUGUGGAGAUCUGCUGUGGGCUGGUGGAGGAGAUGGGUCUGGAGUACACGGGUAUUUACAGAGUUCCAGGGAACAAUGCUGUAGUGUCCAGUCUACAGGAGCAACUCGAUAAGGGCAGUGACAUUAACACUGCCGAAGAGCGGUGGCAGGACCUGAACGUGGUGAGCAGUCUGCUCAAAUCUUUCUUCCGCAAACUCCCAGAACCCCUCUUCACUGACGACAAAUACAAUGACUUCAUUGAGGCCAACCGUAUGGAGAAUGCCAGUGACAGGCUGAAGACCUUGAAGAAACUGAUCCACGACUUGCCAGAUCAUUACUUCCACACCUUAAAGUUCCUUGUUGGUCACCUGAAGACAGUCGCCGACCACUCUGAGAAGAACAAGAUGGAGCCACGUAACCUGGCGCUGGUGUUUGGUCCUACUCUUGUGCGAACCUCGGAGGACAACAUGACGGACAUGGUCACCCACAUGCCUGACCGCUACAAGAUUGUUGAGACUCUCAUCCAACAUUAUACCUGGUUCUUCAGUGAAGAACACGACAAGGAUGAAAAGACGCCAGUGGAUACAGAGGAUGUUCAGCCUGCCCCCAACAUAGAUCACCUCUUAUCUAACAUUGGCCGAACUGGCCUGCUAGGAGAUGCCUCAGACUCAACCAACAGUGAUUCAGCAAAAUCAAAGGGCUCUGGAGGGUCGAAACGUGACCUCUCAGCAAAAGACUUUCUGACCACACUGUCCAUCAUGUCCGCUGUGGCUCGCAGGCGCAGAAAACGGCCCACAGCCAACCUACUGGGCAGCAGCACUGACGACGACUCUGAGCAAGAGCCAAUCAGAGCGGGCCUGACAGCAGAAGCAGAGGAGAAGGAAGCAGAGCUUAUUCAGCCGGACACCGCUCCGUGUGCCGAGGCAGAGGAGGUCGAGGAUGAAGAAGAGGACGAUGAAGAGGAGGAAGAAGAGGGAGACACGGAAUGUGUUCAGAAAGAACAGCCCUCUCCCAGCAUGCCCUGCAGAGAGGAGUCUCAAUCGGUGCUACUGAGCGAGGAAGAGGACCAGAGGACAGACGCCAAGAGGCCAGGUGGCUGGCGAGGCGAAGAUGCACGCUCUAUCGUCUCGGGUUACUCCACCCUCUCCACCCUGGGGCGGAGCUUAGCCUCAGAGGGGAGGGGCGAGGACGCGGAUGACGAACAGAGCGAACUGGUGAGCGAGACGGACAACGAAAGUGGCUUCGCCUCGCGCUCGCUUACUCAGGAGCGCCCAGAGAAACACACGUCCACGCCUACAUCUCCCCAACGUGCACACACCACACACACCUCACCAGGACCAACUGCUCCACGAAGCUUUCUCUACUCAAACUACAAAUCGCCCACACUGAGUCCCGCACCCGAGCCCACUUCUGCUCCUACAAACUCCAAAUCCCUGACUCCUGAACCUACGGAAAGGGUCAGCGAGGGAACGGCACGUUCCUCCACCCCCUCAACCUCUUCCUACUCAUCCUCCGCCUCCCAGCGCCUCCACAGCCGGCCCUCGUUCAACUCCCAUCGCCUCAUCCAGUGCGACACUUUGGCUCGCCGCAGGCUAAAGUCCGACAAAGCUAAAGCUCGCUCUCUGGACCUUCUGGAACUGUCCAGCACUUCAACCACAGAGAACGAAGGACAAGCCAGUAUUGGCCAAACAAAGACGCAAAUUCCCAACUUCUCCCUGUCACCUUCCCCAUCCUCCAGAACCAAGCUGAACCCAGGCAGCGAUCCAGAAAGUUCCCCAGCCCCCACUCUCCCUAGUGAGGGUCGUUUCUUUGCCCCAAGUGGAGCCACCCUGGCGGAGCAGGUGAGGGCACGGCUUCUAGGUUCAGCCGAGGACUUGCGGGCUGCUAGCCUGAGGAAGCCAAUCUCUCCCGAGACGCGCCGCAAGAGGCGGGCCUGGAGGAGGCACACUGUGGUGGCCUCGCCAACCGACGCCUCCACCAAAUCCCUGCCCCUCACUUCUGUUGUAGCUGCUGCCACCGGCAACAACAACAACAACAAACCUCCUGUGCCGCCUCCCAAACCACCUGGGAUUGUUGGCCGUCCCGGAGCACAGAUCGUUCCUCCGAGCCCGGAGGCCGACGCCCACUCUGCACGCCGGGCUCCGCCUACCUCCCGUUUCCACGAAUGCCUGUGACAGCAGAGGCAAAUGCUCAAAAUACAGUACAGCAUAUGGCUGCGGCCACCACUCCCACUUCCAGCUUACCAGCACUCCCACUUCCAGCUUACCAGCACUGCUCCGGUUUAGAUGUGCACUCUUGCAGCUCUCUAGUUCUCUAGUUCAUGUUGUUUGGUUAAAUUAUUCUUUAAAUACAAUGCUUAAUAUAAUAUUGUUUAAGUUAUGCUAAGGUAGCAGUGUUGGUCACUAUUUUCAGGGUUGAAAGGGCUACUUUAAAAAUAUGUACAGAUAAGAGAUUUCUACAGAUUACCUGAAGAAAAAAGGUAUAAUCUUAAAAAUAAAAUCAAAACAAGAGAAACUUGGGAGAGUUAUAUAAAAUAUAAGUAAAGACUUAUAAUAUUCUUUGCUACUAACUGGAUAGCCCUCUUGAGUGUACAUCACUCACAUAACUUUCAUUCUAGAGCUCUAAAAUACACAGGAUAAGCAAUAGAUAUGCUGGUUAGCUUUUUUCAACAUGCUUUAGGUGGGCCUGAGAGUGGUGCCUGCCGCCAUAUUGGACUCAACAUCACAAUGAGAGAUUGGAGCAUUGGAGUUUUGUAACCUCUGGGUUUUGUUUUUACCAGGAUAAGACUACACUUUUAGGACUACAUGUGUGUAAAUGGUCUCAGAGUUCGGUCCUGAGCAUCUGCCUCCCUUCUUUCUCCUUUUUCCACAGGGGUUCUUUGUUUUUAGUGUUGCCAAAGUCCUACUUCCUCUGCUUCUCAGUCUUAAGACUCUCUUUCUGAUUGUGUAUCUUAAAGGUGGGAGGAACUUGGCGGAACAAAAGCUGCUUUGUGAUGGACAUACCUACACUUUUAGGGUGUUUUCACACUUUUAGGCCUGUAGUUUGUUUGGAACAAUUUGGUGCUGUUGUUUUUGUCCACAUCUGAGUGUGAUUACUGUGUUCACUCUUGGCCAAACAGUCUUACUGAACAGAGUCUGGAUUAACUGGAUUAAAUACUGCAGGUGUGAAAACAUCCUUAAAUGUUUGGUAUGGUUUUUUUUUCAUCUAGCAAAAUAUUGCUGUCACAUAAAAUCCUGUAUCUCAAUUUUUGCUGGGUUUUUGUUUGCUUUUUGACAUAAUAAUGUUAACCUGUUUGUUCUUUACAUUGUGUCAAACCUCCAUUAUGAUUGGAUCAAUUCAAAUAUUUUCCAUUGACUUCCAUUCCUUCAAAAGUUUAUAAGCCAUUCAUUCCAUUCCUAUAAGCCAUUUUUAUCUCCCAAAUUUUGGAGAUACAAGGUUUUUAAGCAUCACAGUAACGAAAUGCAGAAGCAAUAUCAUUGAGGUGAUGCUGGAAUAAGAACAUUCUCAGCAGUUCCUUCCAUCUUCAAGAUGCCUCCUCAGAAGAAAGAUUUUUAGCGUGACUGAACUGUCCCUUUAUUACAGUGUGUUCUAAAGGGGCUGGUAACAAACAUGUUGUCAUGUCAUGUUUUAUUGAACUGCCAACAUUCUUGCCACACACUCGCCAUAGACCUCUGAUGUUCAAGCAACACCAUGCCCUUAUAAGGACAUCUCCUUCAGCUAGUUUUACCUAUGGGGAAAAAAACAUUAAUGCCAUUUUUGAAAAUGUUCCAAACUAAAAAAUAUUUUUUUCCUCAAAUGUAACUGGAUUAUCUGAAUGACAGGGUUGAUAAAGGGCUGAUCAUUUGAAAUAUGAAGUUCAACAACAAGCUAUAGGUAUGUGUGGGUAUACAAUAGGUAUGUGUGGGCCCUCAUACAAGUAGUGUUAUACUGGAAACUGAUAAAUUAGAAAUCUGAACCCAGAUAAAACCCACUAAUCUGAACACAGGUAUAGACUAUAAUAUUGCAAGAAAGAUAGAGAGAGAGAGAGUGACAGAUAGGGAAAGAGAGAGAGAAAGAAAGAGAGAAAAAAGACAGAAAGAGUGUGACAGGGAGUGCAAAAGAGAGAAAUAGAGAGAUCCUGUAGAUUUUACAAAGAAAUUGAAAGUAAAUAAAGACAGUUCUACUGCAUGAAAAGUCUGAUGUAGUUUGUGAUGAAUUAGCCAGGCACUUAACUAGUCUGUAGUCUUACACAUGGAUUCUAACAUCAGGUAGACAGUUAGUUUUUGUUCGUAAUCCAAAUCGGGUUGAUGUCAAAACCGAACAUUUGGCAGACAUUGAAGUCUGGUUGGAAACGAAAGACCAACAAAGUCCCAUAUCUGUCAAACAGCAACAUUGGGUUGAUCUUAAGCUUUAAUAUUAGAGAAGCAUUGAAUUUUGCCUCUCAACAUUGGAUGGACAUUAAGCUCCAAUAAUUUUAGACAUGUUUUAAAUGUGUUUGGAAAUCCCUAACCUAAAGUUAUAUAACCAUCAGUAUAACCAUCAGUUAUAUAAAACCAACAUUGGAUUGACAUUAAGCUACAAUAAUAGACAGACAUUGAACUUUGGUAUGACAUCUAAGUUCUGUUUCAGUCAAACAGCAACACUGGGUUGAUAUAAAGCUUGGAUUUUUGUUGGAAAUUAAAAUCCUAUAUGCAACAAAAAUCUGCAUUAGGCUGACAGUAAGCUCCAACAUUAAACAGACGUUGAAUUUUACUUAAAAACCAAGGUCCUGUAGUUGUCAAAACCCUAGAUUAUGUUAAUCUCAAACUCCAACGUUAGACAGACAUUGGAAAGCCAUUUAUUGGCUAAAAAACAAAAUUGGGUUGACAACAUCAAGUUUCAUUAGGCUGAUGUUAAAGUUUAUAUUAAGUAUCAACUUUAGACAGAUGUUGAAUUUGUUUGGAAACCUCUAACCCAAUGUUAAAUAACCAUCAAAAAACAACAUUGGAUUGACAUCAAGCUCCAGCAUUUAACAGAUGUUCAAUCUUAGUUGAAAGUCAGAGUCCCAUAACUGUCAAAAACCAAACCAACGUUGUACAGACAUUGAAUUUUUGUAACUUAGCGCUAUGACUUAAAACUGACAACAUAUAAACAUCUAACAACAUAGGAAAUUCAUGUCGUGUAAAUGUGUUGGAUUUUUGUUCCUCAUUCGUAACACUUUAAAGUACGUAAUUUAUGUCAGUAUGACAUAUGAUGUAAUGGCAUGCAACUUUUGGAAGAUGUUGGAUUUUGGAUACCUAGCAUCACAUCAAAUUAACAUAAUGCCAUUAGUCAGUGUACUGAUGAUACAUUUUAGUCAAUUAACAUCACUAUCAACAUCCAACAAAUGUUGGUGUCAACCUGGGGUAGUGAAGAGGCUUUGACAGUAAUAAGUUUAAUACUUAGGUUGAGUGUUGCACAUAAGUGUUGCAAGCAUGCUUGUAGCAUAUUAGCAUUAGCAUUAUUAUGUAACAUGUUUAAUAUUUGAAUUUUAACAACUAAACAAUCUUAUCAUUCAGAGGCUACGACCACAUUUCAGGGGAAUGAAGUGCAAAAAUUAAAAAUUAUGUGUGGAAAUAUGGGAUUUGUUUUUUGUUUCCCAUAGAUAAAACCAGCUUAUAGCAAGAUUUUCUUAUAUGGGCAUGGCACAGACUACAAACUACAGACUACAGUCAAUGUUCAGGUUCUUGGGUGCUUUGGUGCUGUGUACUCUCUGUAGCUGUAGUGACACAGGAAAAAACCCAUAACUGUUCUCUUAGUGCGUUCAUUCCAUGGAGGACAAUGCCAAAUUCCGCUUCCCAGAUCGGAAUUGUAGACCUGAGUUUUGGAAAUUCACUUGGGACACUUUUUAUGUCUCUGUGACGAUGCUGCCUGGUCAUGGGUCCAGGCCUGAGACAUAUAAUGAGGGUACAUUACCAACACACACAUAUACACAUACACAAACACACAUACACACAUUCUUUAAACACACAUUAUCAGUGAACGUAAUCCGAGUACUGAUACAGUAUUACUGAGAGUGUUUGCCAACAGGAAACAGAAAGUGUUGAAGCUAAAGACCAUUGAUUGACCCCACGCAUAACCUUAAUAAUAAUCUUAUCCCUUCAUGUUACGUGGAAAAGCUGCAAGACUAAAUGUGCUGCAUUCCUAACACACACAUGCAAACACACACUUAUAGGAUCUACACACACACACACACACAAACAAAUAGACCAAGCACACAUUUAAGUGCUUGGUCAAAUCAAAUUCUUUUCCCACGUAAGUGUGUGUGAGUGUGUGUAUAUAUGUGUGUGUUUGCUCCUGUGUGAAGUCGUCUGUGUAAAGUGUGUAUGUGCAUUUGAACUAUUUUGUAACAUUUGUACAAAGCCUUGCUAAGUUAACCGUGUAAAUAUACAUAUAAUAUCAUAUUUGUUUUUAUGUUUUUUCUCUCUUUUUUUAGUUUUUAUAUGGUUUACAAAAAAGUGCACUUAGGUGCGCAGUCAUUUCUUUCAAGAUGUUACUUGAACAGUUUUUUCCUUAAUGGUUUUUCGUUUGUUUUGUAUACAGUAUAUUAUAAAAUCUAUAUUUUGUAUGAAUAUAAUAAGUACUUUUAUUUGGAAUUCUUGGAGUGUACCUGUUUUAAAACGAAGCAGAGCUAACUAAACUCCAGUAGACUGUUCUUGAUUUCCUCAUAAAUGGCCUUUCUCUGUGACUUACAAGUACUAUGCAGAACUCUGUACACCUCAAUGCAAAGAGACGACAAAAAAGAAAAAUUUUAACCUGCAAAAAAACAGUGUCUGUCCAACAGUGUGUCACACGCUAUAAUAAAUCUCUUAUUGCUGGGCAUUUCUGUGCUCUACCUCGCA